UAUCUGACAAUUGCCCAAACGAAACAGUAGCAAGAAGAACAGUCUGCUUUUAGAUACAUUUGUAUUUACAGUUUAUUUAUUAGAUGCAUUUACAGUUUGACAGGCAGCUGCACAGUGAUUUUAUUUACAUUUAAGAUUUAAAUAGCCACUACAGAAAUUAAUCUAAAAGUGUGUGUGCAAAAUUCGAAAUAAAAUAGAAUCGGAAAGCAAUAACUUAUUUAAUAGUAGAAAGUUGAUGGUUUAUUCAGCACACAACUUCAAAAUGUGCAAAUAUUGAUCGCGUAUCAGUUGCAGCACUUGCCGAGAAAUUUGAAAAGUGAAGAUGUGAUACUAAUUGACCUAUUGAAUUACUUAUUGUACGGGCUCCUGAAAGAGUGAAUUGUGGAAAGUUUUGCAAUUUACUAUUUGGUGUCAUUGGUAAUUGUAUUGCUUAGCUGAAAAAAUCUACACAUGAAAAAUCAAUAAACGCAAAGGAGGCAUUACGACAGCACGAAAGGAAAUACAUAUGUACGUGUGUUGAUAGAGAUGUUGCCCGCUGCCGACGAAGGAAUGCGACCAAGCUGAAAUGUUGUUACGAAUUCAAUUCGUAGGAGCUGACGUUUAUACACACAAAUAUAUGUACAUGUAGAUUAACAGACAAUAGCAUGAAGGAAACCAAAAAUACCUGCAUACUUUCAGCAAGGUAUUGUGCUGGAGUCAAUUGCCAUUUCGCUUGGACAUCGUAAUCAGUGAAUAAAUAUAAACAAUACGACACAGCAAUGUCAACCUAGACAACAGCUAGAUAGAGCGUUUUGUUUAUACUUGCGCAUAUGCGCACACCUAGUAUAUAUCUAUCUACACACAUAUAUGUUUCUGCGACUGCCUGUCAGUUCCAGACACAUUUCGCUACUGCCUACAAAGAAUAGUACAAGCGCACCUACAAUCACUCGCACGGCGCAGUGAGGGGUACGUGCAAUACCAUUAAUCUACGUUCAGAGAUAUGUUUAUUAUGCAGAUGUAUCUGUAGCCAAACAAACAGUGAACGCGUUGGCUGCUGAGCAAUUUUGCGCUAUUGACUGCGUACAAUAAUAUAAGUAAGCAGUGUGUUUUAGACAGAGGCAAUCUCCAGUUCGGCACACAAUUCACCCUGCGCCGGCCUACCCCAUAUUCAAUUGUACGAAUAAGUGAAUAUAAGAGAAAACAAAUCAACGAUUGGAGAUAAGCUGCAGCAGUAGUGGGUGAAAACGCCGGCAAUGUGGCGCUACUUGAAUUCACUGGGGAUGUUACGAACGCUGAUGAUGUGAUCGUUGACGCCUGUUUGGGUGUUUUCGUAGUAACGCGUUAAAAAACACAAAUUUUAUUUUAGCUACCGAAAAUGCAUUCAUGUGUAACUAUAAAACAAAUGUACAUAUAUUAUAUAUAGUGAACAUUAGCUAUUUUGAUUUAACAAUAACAACAACAAUAAGCAAUAAUAACAAGCAAAUUAAGCAACGUAUGUACGUGUAUAUAAAUUAAGUCAAAUUUGAAGCUCAUGCUCAGUGAGAACGGAUCAUAUCAGAACAAAACGAAAGAAUACAAAGAAAAACAUUCCAAAUAUCGCAAAUAAUAGCUCGAGCGGUUAGUCGCUGACAGAAAAGGCCAUAAGAUCGUAUUUCACAGAUUGUCAAUUUAAACGCGUUACAGCAGCAUCGUCGACAGUGAUUAUAUUGGAUUUCCAUCGAGAAAUGUCACUGCGAGUGCGCUCGUAAUACACGUAUUAGGCAAUCACCACAAUAAGCCGAGCAAAACAGCAUUUAAUACAUAGCGAUUGGGGUUGAGCUCGGUUGAGCGGUUCACAUUGUCAUCAGAGACUAUGGUUAAGUCGUUGGUUUCGAAACUAUCGGCCGCAUCAUCAAAUUUAUCGCUCGCUUCAACGCUCUCCUCGGUUGGUGUGGGCACAGGCGGUAGCAGCAGCGGUGUGCAGGAGACGAAUUACGCAAAACAUCGCAAUGAUCCGGGUCGAUUUUUUGGCGAUGGCGUUCAGUUCAAAGCGAAGCUCAUUGGGAUACUCGAAGUGGGCGAGGCGCGUGGUGAUCGCAUGUGUCAAGAAGCCUUGCAAGACCUCAAAAUUGCCAUACGCGCUGCCGGCGAACAUAAGCAGCGCAUAACCAUACACGUGACAAUCGAUGGACUGAGGCUACGCGAUGAGAAAACAGGAGACUCUCUCUACCACCAUCCGGUGCACAAAAUAUCCUUCAUUGCGCAGGAUAUGACCGAUUCUCGAGCAUUUGGCUAUAUAUUUGGUUCACCAGAUAGUGGACACCGUUUCUUUGGCAUAAAGACUGACAAGGCGGCUAGUCAGGUCGUGCUGGCAAUGCGCGAUCUCUUUCAGGUUGUUUUCGAAUUGAAGAAGAAAGAAAUCGAAUUGGCGCGUCAGCAAAUACAAUCGAAGUCCAUACAUGAACAUCAACUUGCCUCAUUGUCGUCGCUUAAGUCCGUCGCUGGUGGUAUUGGAACCGGUUUGGGUGCGCAUAAUGAUCUUAGCAGCAGUGGCGGAGGUGGUGGCGGAAGCACGCUGUCCAUGCUAAGUGGAAUCGGUGGAUCAAGUCGCGCAACAGCGUCGAAUAGGUUGGGUGUCAAUUUGGAUAGUAAGGGUGCAGCGAAAGAGAUGUCACCCGAAUCAGUUGCGGAUUUGGUUGAUUUGGAGCAGGAGUUGAGCUCUCUACAACGCGGCAUUACACAAAUGGAACGGAUUACACCCAACGAGCCAGGACAACCUGCAGUAGGCAGUGCCGCUGGCAAGGCAGUCAACGAGGAUGAUCCUUUUGGCGACUCAUUCACCAGCUUUCCCACUUACAAUCUUUUGCCUCCUCCAGAAUCGGGACGCUCACGCCAUAAGCCCACUAAGUCAGCUGAUACAACGGUAAAUCAAACAACAACUUCAGUGAGCGCCGGACAAAAUGUCACUCUCUCCUCCUUACUUUCGGCUGCACCGAUAUUGAACAGUUCAACCGGGACUUUACAACAAGACGAUGACGACAGUUGGCUGCAUGAGCUGGACCAGCAAAACGAUGUGUUUGACACUUCGAAAGCCGGAAAUAUGAGCAUAGGUGUUGGCUUACCAAUGGCACCACUCGCGCCCAGCGAAUCAACGUCGACCCCGACACAGCAAUUAAGUGAACAUUCCACACUCGUCGAUGUCGAUGCAGCUGCCACUGCUGCCAGCAACGCAAACAUGCAACCGUCCAGUGGGGCUGCGACGUCCGCAUCAGCGUCCACCUUGGGCGUCACAUCGUCUUCGCCGACACCGAUUUUGGCCGACGGUGUGUCACAGGCAGCUGCGAGCGGUGCAGUGAAGUCAGAUGCUUUUACAGAUUUGGAUCCAUUAGGCACCGGUCGCAUACGUCCCUAUGUCGAUAAGAAAUACUUCUUCCAGGAGCUUAAAAACCCACCCAAAAAAGUACUCAACGACCUGUCGUCCGGUGGAAACGGCACUGUAGACAUAACGGCUACCGGUGUUCACUACACAGCCGCCUCGGCGGUGGUCGAUGAGUUUCUCAGCAAAGAGGGUCUCUUCGAGGAUACUCUAGCCGCCGGUAUGGAUGAGCAAAGCGAAGUGGCUCCGCAAACGUCACAGCAGACACAUCAUUCUCUAUCAGCACCACUUAAUAUUACUAACACUACUCAUACAUCAGGUAUAGCCGGCUUGCAAACAGCCUUAAACACUAAUAAAACAGUAGCUAAUCUAACGGCAUCUGCAACAGCAGCAACAACAACUACAACAACUUUACUAAUCGGUGUGCUCGCACCACCAUGCACGGUUAACAUUUGCACCUGCACUACAAGCAGUACGAAAUACACGAGCACCGCUUCUAAUGUUGUUGUACCCAGACUAACGAAUACUAACCACCAACUAGCGUCUAGCAACAGUUUACUAACAACCUCUACCUACUCUACUAAUACCACAACAGCUUCUACUUUAAGAAUGCACCAUUACCAGCCGACUUUAUCGUCGGCAUCGUCUGCGUGCACUACAACAACCAUACCCACUAAUCUCCAUUUAAAUCAUUACACUUUAGACUCCACGGCGACUGCUGCUGGCACAACGGACGAUGUUGUGAUGAUGCCGCGCGACACCGAUCCAUUCUCGCCCACGCGCAAGAAGAGUGACCCAUUUCAGGAAGGCGGCGACGUGUUUGCCAAGUUGGACCCAUUCGAAUUUGAAUUCAACAGUGGCGAAGCAACCAAACAACAAGGGUCUCCAAGCGCGAGCACGGAGGCCAGCCGUUCUGCGGAUGUCUUUAAUGGUCCGCUACAAGUUAGCUUGCCUCCAGAGAGCAGUCUUUCCCCCACGACAGCACAGCCGCUGAACACAGCAGCGCAAUGGCGUGCUGAUGUGGCGCGCCUCGAGCGUCAGAUGAGCGAACCGGUCGCGGCGAUGGGCAACGGAAGUGCCAUAACGGCAGUUGGCGCCAAUAGCACGGUGCGUUUGCGGCCCACACCCUCGGGGCAGUUGUCAUCGGCAGGCCAGCCCUCUUCCGCUUUCAAGCAACAGACAGCGGAUGUCAUCUCGAGCAUUAGUAACAAGAAGAUGCCACAUUUAUUUGGACAGGCACGUUUCUCCAAGCGUGAAUCGAAUAGUAUUAAUAUGUGCCGUUUACAGGAGAGCGACUCACUAAGCGAGAAUGAGACGGCACCGGAGCCACCACCGCGUCCCGAUUCAGCACUGCAUGCAGAACCGCCGCCAUUACCGCCCAAGAAACAAUUCAACGAUAUUGUUAUACGUCCGCGUGUAACCUCGGGUAAUGCGGUACCUCCCAUCGCGUCGGCGUCUGUGAACAGUCGAUAUGAGUUCGUCAAUAUGACGGCGAAGCCUUUACGCGGCUCUAAUGCCGAAGUUCCACCGAUACCAUUGCCAUCACGACGUGUUGGCCGCUCGGACGGCACCUAUCCUGGGCCUGGACGACCACGUAAGCCUGGACAUACCGAGGACGAUUACUUGGCGCCUAUUAGUGGUAUCGGUAGCCUCACGAGCUCCGCCACGGGUGAUGUGCCACCACUCUUACCACCUCCAACGCAAAUUUCAACGCGCAAUCGUGCACAACGCCAGCAUUCGCUUUCGAAGUCACAGGAUAUCUACGAGAAUAAAUUGGAGAUUUUGCAACAGCAGCAGCAACAACAACAAUAUCAAAAGCGACAGCAAGUGAUAACUGAUGGCGGCGCUGAGGCCAAUAAGGCAACAGCGUCCCUCAUACCCGACAUCACACUGAGCCAGCUGAUGACACUAAGUUUAGAUGAGCUGGCAGUAAAGUUGAAUGUGCCGGUAAGCAAACUGAGCACUAUGACUCUGGUCGAACUAACAUCGUAUCUCUCGGAGUUCAUUGAGAAGUCAAAGCCACAACGCGAGCAAACGCUGGCAAGCCAUAUGAGUCCUCUACCGACGCGUCGUGCUGAUAUGCCACCCAUUAAACCGGAGCCAUCCCCUGUGCCGGCUCAAUCAAGCGUGUUUAAGGUAAACUUUGAUCAGCAAGCAACAUUUGUGGCGAAAUUCGACGAUACAUUUGGAGAGGACUUCUCUCACAGCGCCGAUAACCACGGACAAGAUGCUUUUGCCAAUUUCGAGCAGUUUAAUGAACCACCCGUUGGACCGCCUCCAAUAUACACGGACACUAGCCAAAGCGCCCCGAUUGUGCCAUCAGCCGAUCGUUAUGCCGUUUUCCGUGAGAUCAUUGACAAAGAGCUACAAGAGCAGCAGGAAAACGCGGACCUCAUUGGCGAAGUGAUUAAUGAGAGUGAAGACGUCAGUGGCAGCAUAAUGUCUGCAACUGAUGUUGGAGGGAUGACUGCGGUAAUGGAUGACAUUGGGGCACACUUUGAAGCAAACUUUGAUGAUGACGACUUUCUUACAAGCUCAGUGGGUCCACAGGUACAACCGCCGAAGAUUGAUACGAAAAUCACGGAAGUAGUGGCGCAAGCAAAAGAUCGCUACGCUGCCCUUCGUGACAUAAUUCUGGUUGAGAACCUCUUCGACAAUAAGACGCCAGUAGCUUUGCAGGCCUCACAAGAGUUUCCCGAGUUCAGCGACGAGUUCAAUGAAGAUCAAGAUCAAGAUCUUAAGCAUAUAAUGGAUGGGCGCGCCAGUAGUAGUGAUCCAGACCGUUUAGGUUUGGUGGACAGCCGCGGUUUACCAGCGGAGCCUUCAUCAUCUGCUUUGACUGUCGAAGACGACGACGAAGAUGAUGAUGGUGGUGGCGAAAGCAGUUUGGACAGCAACGAUAAGGACACUGGAGUGAGUGGUGGCGGACAGGAUAAGUACGAAAAGCUGUCAACAUCCACACAACAGUUAGAUGGUGAAAAAUCCGAUAAGCUAGAUUUGAAUGGCAGCCUACCCGAACGCUGUGCCUCACAGCCUUCAUCGAAUUUAUUGAAUGCCAAACAGGAUAACAAAUUCCUAACGGUAGCAGGCAGCAGCGGACUCUCCUCCUCCAAGGAUGAUUUGGAAAUUGAUGAACUCAUGCAACGUGCCAUAUCCAAUUUAUCUUUGGAUUCCCGCGAACGCAUCUCACCUGCGAAUUCAGCGACCAAUAUGCCCACUGUAAUAGUGACAUCGGGCAGUUCCAUAGCUCUGCCACGCCCAAACGCGACACUCUCAUCUCAGGCGCAGUUCAAUGAUGUUAGCACUUCACCAAUUCCGUUACAGAAGUCCCCUAUACCAGGUGCUGUUCAGCAGCAACAAAGAUCGCCACUAAGCAAAUCACCACAGGCUUCACCAGUCUUAUCCCAACUAUCGGCUGUUUCGAACCUAAUCGACACAGCCACAAAACAAAUUAACACAGGCAGCAGCUUGCAACAAGAACCCGAAGUAAAACAUUCUAAGGAGUUUUGGGCGACUUUCGACUCACCUAAGCCAAGUAUCGAAAAGGUGGAUAAACGCGGUAGAGCAGCGACGAAGUCUACGGCGAAGAAUUCAUUGUUACAUUUGCCACCUCCACCACCUUCGAACACCUCACAGAACGAUACUGCUGAAUCACCAUGUUCGUCUGAUCCACGCGAUUACGGUUGGAGUAAGAGUGCGGGCGUCAGUCGUCGUUGGCAAAGGAAAGAUCGUCAUCAGACUUCGUCUUCAUCGCGCGAUAUCAGUCCAUGCGAUGAUGAACCCUCUGAUUUUCAGAAACAAAAACGCAUUCCUAAUGUGGUGCCCCCGAUACCACCGCCAUCUUCAGAUCGCCAUGGGUACUAUAUGAGGCACCCCCGUCGUUUGAACUCUUGUGACGAGGAUUAUGAUUACGAAGAGGAAUUCAGCGCACGACGUGAUCAUCGUAAGUUGAAGCCAGGACUUUCGCGUAGCCGAGAUAAUUUUGAUUUAGAAUCUCCCAGUUGGUAUCGUCAUGCCCCACACCACACUUGGUCACCGCAGGAUAUGGAACAAGCAGCUGGCAUGCGCGCUCGGGCCUUCGAACGCAGUGCCUAUGAGCGCACCACAUACGGACCGCCCGUCUACGACAAACGUGGCGUUGCAAUGCCGCCUAACGCAUCUUCUAGUUAUGAUCGACGCAGUGGUUACGACAAACGCAACAAAUACUAUCGCGACUAUGCACGUCCCAAUUACGAUUUCGAUGAUUACGGUGAUUCGCCCCAUGACCGUUAUCGUGAUGCAGGAAGUUUUGAGAAACCGAAAGCUGGACGACGCGCCGACUAUGAGAAUAUUUACGACGAGGGCCGUUCACCCAUGAGUGUUAUGAUCGGUAGUAGUGUUGGUGGCAGCAGUGGUUAUAAGACACGCGGUGGCGAUUAUAUGUACGAUCGAGAGCGUAAAUCCUUCGAUCGGGAAAGUGUCGAAUCGUUUGAGAGUGCAACACGACGUCGGCGCAGUUUCGGAAGUGGCGAUGUUUAUGGGAGUAUGGAGAGCCAUGAAGAGUUUCGCGAACGUUAUGGACCGGAGAAGACACGUUCACUGCGAAAGGGCAUGAAGUUGCGAGCGGCUGGUGAUAUUGAGUACGAACAAGAUUCGGAGAACGAUUUUCAUCAACGCACACGUAUGAGCAGCGGUGGAAAUAGUAUUAAUGCCCCAGAUACGCGCAGUUUGCAGCGUCCGAAUCAGUUAAUAUCGGGUAACACGGGAAGCAACAUGAGUAUGGGGCCUGGACAGCCAAGGGCGCGUAAGAGUAGCGGUUCCAGUCCUUGGGAUGGCGAAGAACCACCAUUGCCUGGCCAAAAAUCAUGGAAACGUCCAUCAAGUGCGGCCGACUCAGAACGACGUUUGGCCGAGAGUAGGCGGGUGGCCGCACUCGGACAGACACCCUCCGGCUCAGAUGGCGAGAAAGAUCGCAGGUUUCGCAAAAAGCAACGGUCGCGUGGCAAAGAUAUCCCUUAUACCAGCUCGGGUCCACCACCACCCACUUCUAGUAGUCGAUAUAGUAGCACUGUUGCCGCAGCAACUCAUCCUCGUGACAAUUACGAUUAUAUAACAUACGACGAUGACGAUGUCGACGAUGAGGAAGACUAUGCGGACGAGGAUUAUGACGAACCGCCCACUGAUGAGGACAAAUUCGAACGCUUGAAUAGACGUCGCCACGAAAUGCAUCAACGCAUGUUGGAGAGCGAACGACGACAGCAUUCAAUGGGGAAAGUACCCAUCAGUUCCCUCAAAUGCAGUGCUCCCACAGCAGCAACAAAGAAAUACCCCACAAGAGGCGGCGAAUAUGAUUUCGACGAUUAUGAGCAAUCUCCAACAUCGCGUUCGAAUGCGAGCGCCAGUCUGGCUAGCGCCGCCAGCUCGUACAUAGCUACAGCUGGUGCCGGUGGCAGCGCUGGAAGUGCAACGAAAUUUAGUUUUGACGGUGGUUUCGAAUCGGACUUCAACCAAAGCUCCCCACCGCCAGCACCCGCUGGUACUGCGUCCAGUUGCAAUUCUACACCUGCAGCCACCACCACAGCGAGCGCGUGCGUUACACCAGCAACUAAGUCGUCCUUCCGCUUCUCAAAUGACUUCUCCGAACGGGAAAAAUUGCAUGGCUUCCCACCAAACUCCACCAGUGUAAGCAGUUCGCAACAGUUGGAUUUGGAGAGCACGCAGUCACCAGCAACGCAUGCAAUACCACCAAUCAUCACACAGAAAUUGCGUUUCGACGAUAAUGUGAAGGUGUCACAGUUCGACGACGCCGCUUUCGAAGAUGACUUCUCCAAUGCGCAAUUCGAUUUCGAAAAGGAGGACCAGUGGCACGCGGACUCACUGCAAAGCGCCAGCAACGCAGCGCUCAUGACGACCGCCGCGAAGAAACACAAUCUGCGAAACAGCAAACUGCAACAGAGACAGGAAUUGAUUAAGAAAUCCGAGUCCAUCAACAUUUUCGGCAAGAAAUCGGAGGAUCCCUUCGAGGACGAUGAGUUCUUCAAGGCACCGCCUGAUGUCAUAUUGGCCAACAACAACAGCAACGGACAACAACUGAGUAAAUCGGGUGCGGGCAACGGUGGCGGGUUUCAAUGUGACGACGACUUCAAUUUCGCCAAAUUCGACGAAAAUAUGUGAUUUGAUCAAUUGUUUGCACGAAACGCGCGAACUGAGCAUGUAACCCAACAACAAAAGCAAACCACAAAUAUUGGUGAUCAGUCGAGCGUUGAACCACCAGGUGAUAGCAAUGAGCCCACGCACCGAAAUCGGCUUAGAAGCGUCGCCACGAUGGCACCAAGCGACGAGGAAGACGAAGAUGAUAAUUAUGCCGAGAUCAAUGUGAUUGCCGAUCACGAUUACUAUUACAUAACCAAUCUGAAUGAUUACUACUAUCAGCAGCAGCAGGAACAACAAAAGCAACAACAACUGCAAACACAAUUACAACAAUCGAACAGUUCGGCGGCACUCUGCGCCAGCGCUGCUGAGCACGGUGUAUACGGCAACGGCACAGUGCGCAAAGAAAACGGUUAUUUCACACAAAAACAUCACUCGCAACAACAACAUCAACAACAAUACGAAAGUCUUAAAGGCACACUGCUGCGCAAUACGAAGAAGUGUCGACGUAAAAUAGUUUCCUUAAAUUUUCUAAUGAAGAACUUGAUUAUGUACCGCCUUAAAUACGAUAUUCUAUAGGAUGGGCACAUGAGGUCAACGCUUACAUAUUUACAAAAACUUGCUAUGUGUCAUACUCUCAUACUCAUACAUAUAAAUGCUGUGGAGUGUGCUUUCUUAACCCCCACAAGCUUUCGACAAUUUGAGAUUUUAUUUUAAGCAAUGUUUUGUUGUUAGCAAAACGAAUAUAUUUUUUUGAUUUAUACUCACCAAUUGUUUGUAAAUAAUGCAACCAAAUUGCAAUCACCAAGUACUCACAACGGACGGCACUGUGGAUUCUAUGUGGAAUACGAGUUGAUGAACACUUGUAUUUCGUGCUGAGCACUGCUUUCGCCUCGGAUUGUGCACACAUAAUCUGAGUUGUAAUAAAACUGUGUUAUUUUCUCCAUUAUGUUUAUGAUUUUUAAUGAUUAAUUAUUGGCUAAUAGCAAUAAGUGACCGAACUGGCGACGUGAAUGUGCGUGUGCGUGUAUAUAAGGAAAUCAAAUUAAAUUAUAAUUAAAUGAAUGAAGCAAUGUUUAUGUAACUUUAUAAUAUCUAUGUGUACAUACAUAUACAUAUAUAUAUAAUAUAUAAUAUAUACAUAUUUAGUUAAUGCAAUCGUACAUACACUCACAUGUGUGCGUGUGUGUGUGUGUUGGGGAGAAUCGAGGUGUUGUUGCAACAACAUUAUUUAGUACGGCUAACGAAAUGUUAUCCAAUUGAAAUGUGUAAAACUAAAUUAAAUAUCGCAAUAACAUACAUACAUACGUAUAUAAUAUACUAUUUAUAAAGAAGCAGCUAGAAGUGCAGUAUAGCGCAGCCAUAGUUCCAAAUGUAUUCGAACAUCACUCAGUUAGAAAAACUACAAUAAAUACUAAAUAAUAUUAACUAGUUAAAAUCAUUGCAACCUAAUUGUAAACUAAUCGUACAUACAUACAUACAUAUAUACAUAAUGGCAUACAUACAAACAAACAUAGUAUUCGAGGUACAUAAUUAUAAAGAAUUGAACACAACCCAAACCCAGCACACUGUUAAACUAACACAAUGAGAACAACAACAACAAUAGCAACUAAAUAAUUAUUAUAGUAAAAGCAGCAAAUGAGAGUUAAAGGAUUUAGAUUUCGUUCAAACAAUUCACUAAAGUGUUUUCAAAGAUAAUAAUAUAAUGAUGUAGCAAUAAUCAAGCCAAGACGAAGAAACUCAAUCCAAAUUGUCAUUCAUGCAAAUUCCAAAAAUUCCAAAAAUAUUCAAAAUAAUUGAAAUUAAAAUAAAAGUAAUUCCAAUAAGAAACGAAUAAGAUGAUUACGAUUACGACUAUGAUUAUAGACGAGUAGUUACGAACAAAAUAUUAUGUACGUACAUAAUACACUCAUCAACUCUUAAAUUAAGUAAAUUUAGUUAAUUAAUACUAAAAUGCAAUGCAACUAAAACAGAAAAAGAAAAGCAAAGAAAAGAAGGCAAAAGAUCGAACAAAUUAUGCAAAUGAACAAUAUAUAAUAACUAAUACUAUAUGUAUAUCGACGAUAUAUGAAAUUAAGUCUCACGGCAAUAUGAAUGGAAAUCAAUGCAUACUCACUCACGCUGAAGACGAAGGCGGCAUUUCUUUGGUUUGUUCGAAAAUGUUUGAGAAAAAAAAAAUGAAACAAAAAACAGAAAUUAUGUAACGACAAAUAUACAUACUUAUUAAGAACAAAUAUACAGUAUCUAAAUUAAAUUCAAA